AUGGAGGGAGAUAUGUGUACUCUGGAGAAACGUGACGGCCUCUUUAUCAUCACAAUAACCGGAAAUGAUGAGCACCGGCUUAACCCGAUUCUGAUCGACUCCAUUCGGGCAGCACUCCGCCGUGCUAAGAUUGAAUCCGAGUCUAUGGGUCCCACGGCCCUUAUCACUACUGCACAUGGCAAGUUUUUCUCCAAUGGCUACGACCUCUCGUGGGCCGCUUCAGAUCCAAACCCAGUCCAAGCGCAAGCUCAAGUCCGACCCAAGUUGAUGUCUAAGAAGUUCAGGUGUUUAGUCUCCGACCUCAUAUCCCUCCCUAUGCCCACCAUCGCCGCCGUCACCGGCCACGCCUCUGCCGCCGGCUUCGUUCUAGCCCUAAGCCACGAUUACAUCGUGAUGCGCAAUGAUCGGGGCUUCCUCUACAUGAGCGAGCUCGAUAUCCGGAUGAAAAUACCUUCUUGGUUUGUGCAAACAGUGAGAAGCAAAAUCGCGUCCCCCAAGGUGUGGAGGGAGGUAGUUCUGAAAGCCGCCAAAAUCACGGCGUCUAUGGGGGUGGAGUGGGGAAUUGUUGACUCCGCACACGAUAGCGCGGAGGAGACAGUGGAGGCGGCAGCGAGGCUGGGGAUGGAGCUGGUGAAGAGGAAUUGGGAUGGAAAAGCGUAUGCAGAGAACAGGAAAACUGUUUUUGCUGAUGUGAUGGCGGCGUUAAGUUCCGAUGAGACGGUCGGAAGUUAUGGAGAUACUGAUUUUAAUGACGGUAUUGGGGUUGGGGCCAUUUCAAGACUGUGA